AUGUGCAAUGUGGAACAUAACCAUGUAUCCUUCUUUUUCCUCACCCCAACCUUCCCACAUUCACCAGGCUCAAGCUUCCCUGUAUGUACCUGUCCACCAGGCUACAUAGGCAAUGGUUAUGGGCCAACAGGUUGCACCCAGACCAGCAACAUAUGUCAGAGCAACAACCCUUGUGUCAAUGGACAGUGUGUGGCCACCACCUCAGCUCCUGGCUACAUCUGCAAUUGCAAUUCUGGCUGGCAAGGAGUAAACUGUGACCAGAACAUCAAUGAAUGCUCAAGCAAUCCCUGUCAAAAUGGAGGAACCUGCACAGACGGCAUCAAUGGAUUCACAUGUACUUGCACUGCCGAGUGGACCGGCCCACUCUGCCAGACCGCACAGCAAGAGUGUGGAGGUUACCUCACUGGCCCUGCAGGUUCCUUCAGUUAUCCCAACAUUCCCGGUCAUGAGGAGUACGAUCACCAGGUCUCUUGUGCGUGGGUGAUCCGCGUUGAUCCAAACAAGAUUUUGCGUAUUACGUUUCCUUUCUUUCAUCUGGAGAACAGCGCCAACUGCAACUAUGACUUCCUUCAGAUUCAUGAUGGGGACAGCGCUUCCGCUUACAUGAUCGGAAAAUACUGUGGCCAAAAUAACCCGCCGGAGCUCUACAGCUCCCACAAUUCCUUAUAUUUCUGGUUUCGCUCUGACCACUCUGUCAACAGUGAUGGCUUCACA